AUGAAUUCAUAUCUGUUCCGCGUAAUCUGUAUACUCCAUUCGAUUAUCGCACUCACAAGUGGAACUCUGAUGAUGUUCUACACAGAGAAAGCUUCGAUCUUUGGGCACGGUAGCGAGAUAGCAAACAAGCUCAAAGGAUCAACACCACACGACGAGNUACUGAUCCAGAUUUCANAAUCGUUCUCUGGUUUGCUUCUCUUUGCAAUCGGAUUGGUACUUUUCAUGGUUUCGUUUGUUAAAGACAGAGAGUUUCAUAGCUUUUUCGCUGGAGGUUCGGUGAUUCUCUAUGUGCUUAUGGCUCUGUGGAGAGUUAUGUUUGAGUGGAAGAUUGAAGAUCUUUCUUUUGAAUCUCCUAAGCAAGCCCUUGGAGACAUUCUUCGGGAGAGAAGGGAGAACACUAUCCAAGAAUCACAAAGCCAAGGAUCACAAAUUGCCUUGUCUGAUGAGAGGUUUCAAGCUGCGUUAGUGCUGAACAUGUAG